UUCCCGCCAUCACCGCGCAGUGUUGUGAGGCGUCGUGCUCCACUGUCAACAAACUGGCAGCAGCCCGUGAAUGCCGGUAAAACUCUCUUUCUGCCUUCGCAUGACUUCGGAAAAAGACCCUUCGGCUUAAAACUGUCGAGACCCCUGUGUAGCAUCGACAGGUCUAAAAUUUCCCACUGGAUCAUUUUGCUUCUCCAUCUAAACUUGCUGAGAUGACGUCUUUAGCCCCAAAACUGUCCAGUGGCUCGGUGGUGAAGAUCCGCAUCAACAGUUUGGACAUGGGCACGACCAAGUGGAAGGAGGGCACGUUUGAGAUCCAGGAGAAGGACAACAAGGCCAGCCUCUGUCUGCGGUUUAACUGUGGAGGAGCGGCCAAAACAUUUCAGCUGAGUCAGAAUGUGAAGAAAGUGGCUCCUCAUGCGAAUAAAAUCACCCUCACUCUGAAGGACAACAGUGUCAUUUUUCUGGAUAAACUUCCUUUGACUCUGGCUCAGAAGACCAAAGAUUACCUGGAGAGACUCAAACUCGGCAAACCUGUUUUAAAAACCUCUUAUGGAAGCGCAAACUUCAGUGUCCUCAGCUGCCGACCCGUGAAGAAUGACUCCAACCCUCCAGGAGAGAGACAGACGACUCCUCGUCGACAGAGCUCAGAGGGUAGAGAAGACUCAACUCCGCGUAAACCUCUGGGCAGCCCGAGCCGAGCUGCCUCCACCCCCACGCGUCCUCUGUCUGAGAACAGGAGUGAGAAGAGAAAGAGACUCAUGAACUCUGAAAGUGACCUGACAGAGGACUACCCCAAAGAGAACGAUUCCUCCAGCAACAACAAGGCCACUUCAGACCCAUCUAGGAAAUUUCUUCAGAGCUGCAAAGACAAACUCAAGCAACAGGAAGAAAACAGAAACUCUGGUAAAAUACUUAUCUUUAAAGCUCCUCUGGGUUCGACUCCUCUUCAGCCCACCUCCUUCUAUGGGAGCAGAUCAGUGACCAAGGACUACAGCCAGAGCCACUCUUUCCUCGACAGGCCUUCGUCCACAGCCCAGUCAUCCUCUGCUAAAAGAAGUCUUCUGCUGCCGAACCAUUCAACUCCAUUCAAAAAGGUCCGACCGUCUCUGGACUACGGAGGCUGGAACAAGCAGAGGCCCACUGCUCUGGCCCAGCCACAGCCUCCUCUGCAGGGUUUCUCUAACUUGGGCAACACAUGCUACAUGAAUGCGAUUCUGCAGUCUCUGUUCAGCCUCCCGUCUUUCUCCAACGACAUGUUAAAGCAGAGCAUUCCCUGGAAGAAAGUGCCCAUUAACGCACUGCUCAGGCGUUUUGCUCACCUCAUGGCCAAGAAGGACGUUGGCUGCCCUGAGACAAAGAAAGAUUUACUGAGAAAAGUGAAGAGUGCAAUUUCUUCAACGGCUGAAAGGUUUUCUGGAAACAUGCAAAACGAUGCUCAUGAGUUCCUGAGCCAGUGUCUGGACCAGCUGAAGGAUGACGUUGAAAAGAUGAAUAAGAGCUGGUCGAGUGAAGCCUCUUCUUCCUCUGCCUCCUCUGCCUCUGCUGAAAGCAGCGUCUCUGCUCCAGUGAGAGUAGAACCUGGAGAGGAGGCUGAUACUUCACGUAUCUACACCUGCCCUGUGGCUGUCAACAUGGAGUUUGAGGUCCAGCACACCAUCACAUGCAAAUGUUGUGGUGAAGUGGUGACCAAACGUGAGGUGUUCAAUGACCUGUCCAUAGAUCUGCCUCGAAGGAAGAAGACUUUGCCCCUGCGCUCCAUACAAGACUCUCUGGACCUGUUCUUCAGAAUGGAGGAGAUUGAGUACUCAUGUGAAAAGUGCAACGGUAAAGCAGCGACUGUGACUCACAAGUUCAGCAAGCUACCGAGAGUCUUGAUCCUGCAUCUGAAGAGGUACAGCUUUAAUGCACAGCUCUCCCUAAACUCUAAACUGGGGCAGCAGGUGGUCAUCCCUCGCUUCCUCACGCUCUCGUCUCACUGCACAGAGGCCACACGGGCCCCUGUCAGCCUUAACUGGACCACAGCGGCCAGAACGCUCAAGGCCUCACAGGCACCUGUUUCUUUAAUCCCAAGGCGGGUAGGAGGGAAAGCUGUCGCAUCAUCUCUGCUCUUGGACUCAGAUGGAGAGGAAGAGUCAAACAGAAAAGUGACUCUGAGCCGAAAGAGGCGUCUGAGCAGCUGUUUAGCCGAAGAGAGCGAGGAGAGAGCGGAGGAGCCCACAGCGGUGAUGGAGUCUUCAGACUUCAAUCUAAAUGAUGAAGAGAUGCUCGCUGCAGUGCUGGAAAUGAGCAGGCAGGAGGCAGGGCUACAGGGGGCAGGGUCCGAUGAGGGGGCGGGGCUAUGUGAAGAGCCCAGUAGCAGCCCUGACACUGGGUUUGGAGACACGGAGCCUGGACCAGAGCUGGUUUAUCACACUGAGCUGGAGACAGAGAGACCGCCUGCAGACGUGUUGGACUCUCUGGACCUAACAAUGGAUGAGAACAAAGAAAACCAGACCCCAGAGGCUCAGGAGCUCGACUGGGUUCAACAGUACAGUCUGGAGCAGGAGAGAGAGGAGCAGGAGCUACAGCAGGCCCUAGCACAGAGUCUACAAGAACAUGAGGCUCAGGAGAUGAGAGAGGAUGAUGACCUGAAGAGGGCGACAGAGCUCAGUUUACAAGAGUUCAAUAACUCUCUGCCAGAGCUGCUGUGUUCAGACGACUCUGGAAACGAGGACGUCCUGGACAUGGAGUAUACUGAGGCUGAGGCCGAGAACCUGAGGAGGAACGCAGAGAGUGGAUUUUUACCAAACUCCUUCCGACUCAUCAGUGUGGUUAGUCACAUCGGCAGCAGCUCCUCCUCUGGCCACUACAUCAGCGACGUGUACGACAUGAAGAAACAGUCUUGGCUCACCUACAAUGACCUGGACGUGUCUCGGACUCAAGAGGUUGCUGUUCAGAGGGACAGAGACCGCAGCGGCUACAUCUUCUUCUACAUGCACAAGGACGUCUUCGAGCAGCUGUCCGAGAUGGAGAGGACCGGUCCCAGCAGUUCGUCCGACGCAGCCAGAAAUGUUUUACAGCCACUUUAAAAAAAACAAAAACAAAAAAAAACUUCACUUUCAAAAUAACUUUACAAAAACACCUCAAACUGCUCUAGAUCUCCCAUAUAUCCUGUCCACCGUCCUGCAACUUUUAGACCAAAACUCCGGAUACUGCCAACAAUAGACCCAGAAAUAACUGUUAAUAUUUAGUGAAUCCAUUAUAAGCUUUCGGGGGGAUUUUGGGACUUUUCUUUGCUAUGAAUUUACAAUGUUUUGUAAAUGUUCAAAUGUUCUCUGUUCAGAUGUAUUGCUGUUCUCUUCAAAGCGACUAUUGGACUGUAUGGAUUGUAUGUUUUCAAAGUAUAAAUAAAGUUUUAUUCUAUGUUGAUCUAAGUUACUAUUGAAAUGAGACUCUGUGGUCCAGUUAUUACAUUUCCAGACUGAUUUUUAAUGUUAUCUUAUUUAUUUGCAAAGGGACGGCACAUAUUAAAGGUGCACUAUGUAACUUUUCAGGCAUGGAGUCCGUUCUUGUCUCAAUGGAAAUGUGUUUUGUUUGAGAUAUUCCAGUGUGUCAUUAAACUGAUCCAUCUUAUAUUCAA